AUGGAGUCGGAAAAGAACUCUGCCUUCAAGGUGAUCAUCGCCGGUGGAUCGAUUGCUGGUCUUACGCUCGCCAAUGCUCUCGCGCGUGCCAAUAUCGAUUUUCUUGUGCUCGAGGGACACGGUCAGAUUGAUGCUUCCAUUGGUGGUGCGCUGACGAUUGUCAGUAAUGGACUGCAAAUUCUUGAUCAGAUGGGCAUCUAUGAUGAUAUUCGCCCGCAUCUCGAGCCGGCGGGGGAUGUUUUCACAUAUUUGAAAGAUGGGAGUUUAUUAGGGAAGAUGAACACGCCCACACUUAUGCGAGAACGGCAUCAUUAUCCCGUUGCUUGGCUACCCAGGGAGCAACUGCUACGAAUCCUAUACGAUAGUGUACCUGACAAAAGCAAGGUGCUGGUGAACAAGAAGGUCAAGACGGUGGAUCAUUCUGACAACGGAGUUGUGGUGCACUGUGAAGAUGGCAGUCAAUACUCUGGUAGUAUGAUUGCCGGUGCCGAUGGAGUCCACAGCACUGUUCGCGGAGAGAUGUGGAAACAUAUGGAAGAAAGCAAAAAGGGGAAAUCUAGGGCGAAGAAGGAUCGCAAAGCCAUUACUGCUGAAUACGCCUGUAUUCUGGGAAUAUCGCGCCCGACCGAGGGUCUGAAACCAGGAGAGAUUCAUCGAACCUGGGGUAAAGGCUUUACGACCUUCGUUAACGUCGGAGAGGAUGACCAAGUGUUCUUUUUCAUCUUCACCAAAAUGGACCGCAAAUAUCAAUAUUCAGAUAUGCCAAGAUUCUCCAAGGAAGAUCAAGACGCCAAGGCCGAGACCUUUUUGGACACUCAUCUCUGCCCUGGUGUCAAGUUCAAAUCAGUUUAUGAAAAUGCCAUAAGCUCUGCUUAUGUGCCCCUGCAAGAAGGAGUGAUCAAAUCAUGGAGCUGGGGAAGAUUUGCAUGUCUGGGAGACGCAGUACACAAGACAACACCCAACAUCGGCCAAGGAGCCAGCCUAGCCAUCGAAGAUGCCGCUUCCCUCGCGAAUCAUAUAGUGAAGAUGGUGAACAAUCACACGAACCUGACCUCCGAUGAUAUAAACGAGUCCCUCACUAUGUGGGGUACCGGUCUAAGAGCAAGGGCCAAGACCGUCUGUGACGGAGGUGCCAUGUUCACAAGGCUAGAGGCACUGGCAAAUUGGCCACUCAAGCUCGUUGCGCUAUAUGUUUCACCUUACCUUGGAGGUGUUUUUGCAGAUAUUGUCAGCCUCACUCACCUAGGAGCACCCACCUUGGACUUCUUGCCCUUACCGGAGAGGGAGGAGAGUGGUUCAAUGACGGACGAUUCGGUGACAGAUGAAAAAGUGGUGGUAAAGAGAGAAAAGAAACCCGAGCUGAAGUUGAGGUCUUACGUUCGGGCGUUCUGGGCCAUGAACCUGAAAUUGAAGUGA